UGUUAGAGAUGUGAAAAAGAAAUGGCAGGAUUCGAGUAGCCAAACAAAAAAAGAAAGAGGCAGAGAAGGAGUAGAGUUGGUGGGACAGGAGGAGGUCCCAGUAUUGAUGAGGAUUUAAACAUGGGAACAGAAGCUACAUGUAUGGCUAGGACAGAAGAAAAAUAUGAGUGUAGACUGUGUUUCCCUUCCCUUACUUUUGACCGGAAGUUUCUGGUAAAAAGACACAUUAUGGAACAACAUUCCGGAUUUGCCUAUACUUGUACUGGCUGUCAGAUGAUCUUCCCAUGUCGGGAUAACCACACCUCAUGUCAUGGGAAACAUUCAAGUUCUCGUAGGAUGGAAGUAGUAAGACGCUCAGACGGGCUGCGGGGUAGCCGAGCGCAGGAGGAGUUAAAGAAGUAUACCAGCAGAAUUGAAGAUUUUAUUCGGGUGGUGUCUCCAAGGGGCUUUAGGGAGUUAAGCCUCCACCCCUCUGGCAGGAUCUCUCGCACCCCGUAUCCAGUUGACCGUCCCGAUAGAGGAACUGUCCUGCCCUCCCCUAGAGCGUCUCCGGAACCAAAGAGGACCAGGCGCAGUAGGAGAUCACAUUCCUCCGUGAAUCCUCCUCAGGAGAGACAGUCGCCCUCCCCUGUUGCCCUUCCUGCUAGGAAGAGGACCCUUAGUGUCUCCUCGUCAUCCUCCUCUUCUGGUAGUUCAUCUUGCAGUGUAGCUCCAGAGAACCCCAUUAGAUCUUCUGUUGUGAAAGAGAUAACAGUAGUGCCGGGCCUUCGAGUUUUGAUUGACGUAGACGAGUUCAAAAAGCAUCUCUGAAAUGGUUAAAUAAAUUCUUUGAUCCCAAAAAGUUGUUUUUUGAUUUUAGCCAAUGUAGAUAUUUUAAAUUUAAGAGUACUUAUAGCAUUAUAAAUAAAAUAUUUGAAUACUUACCUUAGAUCUCUCAAGUUUGGGGACCAAACUCUUUUUUAG